ACAACAGUCAGUGUUUGUCUAGAGACUGUCGGUGUUACUGUCGGUAUCAGUGGAACAGAGGGAAAAGAUCAUCACACAGUAAGAAAAAAUCAAUUAACUCUAAGGUGGACGUUGUGGAAUCGUUUUUAUCAGUUGUGUCUUGUACUGCUGGCCACACUUGGCAUUCAUAUAAGUCAUGGACUGGUUUGCAUCGUACUCCCUGCUCCUGGUGUGUUUGCUGCUUCCCUACAAUGCAUCCAUAUCUACACCAACAAAUGUCAGCACAACUUCAACACCUACAGGCUCUGCUUCUACCGGAGCCAACACAGGAGGCAACAGUAUAACACCUACGCCAUCAAAUGUCGGCACAGCUUCAGCUUCCAUAGACUCUACUCCUACCAGAGCCAACGCAAGAAGCAACGAUACUACAUCUACACCAGCAGAUAUCAGCGCAGCUUCAGAAUCCACAGUCUCUAUAACUGGAGCAAGAACAACAGUGAAUACAACUGUGGGUCCUAGCAUUGCCUCUACAGGAGCAGACAGAGGGAACAUCAGUACGACACCUACACCAUCAAAUAUCAACACAACUUCACCAUUCAUAGAGCCUACAUUUGGAGCACUGCCAGAUGGAUUCAGCAACACAACCAGCACAACUGAAUCUACACCAGCAGAUAUCAGCGCAGCUUCAGAAUCCACAGUCUCUAUAACUGGAGCAAGAACAACAGUGAAUACAACUGUGGGUCCUAGCAUUGCCUCUACAGGAGCAGACAGAGGGAACAUCAGUACGACACCUACACCAUCAAAUAUCAACACAACGUCGCCAUUCAUAGAGCCUACAUUUGGAGCACUGCCAGAUGGAUUCAGCGACACAACCAGCACAACUGAAUCUACACCAGUAGAUGGCAGCACAGCCACAGCAUCCACAGCCUCUGCUGCUACAGAUUUCUUGACAGCGAUCGUUCACCUAAAAGCCUCGGUUUUGACCCAUGAGGAGAAAGAUGAAGAUGAGAUUUUAAGGGCUUUAUUCAGUUUUGUAGCUCAGGCCCAAGCCCCUCUCCAGCAGAGCUGUGAGGGCUGCACCUUGAAGAUCAGAUCGGACCCUGAUAAAGACCUGGACUGAAAAUCUGCCAAUGGAAGCAGCAGUGUGUUAACAGCCGUGCACACAGCACAACCCGUGUUAUGGGUAUUAUUGAAUGAUCAGCUCCCACUUCAAACCUCAUGUUUAAAAAAUAGAUAAAUAAAUUCAAUCAGGAUUAGCUGUUAAGUGUUUUCAGGACAAGCUGAUACAAAACAUGAAUGCAGUGUUGUUAGGUAGAAUCUACACGUGGUGACCCCUGCACUUCAAGGCAGGAGGAUGAGACAAAAUUUAAUUAUGAGAGAAGAAGAGGAAACAGGCCCACGUGGCCUUAGGGACCGGCAUAACCUCCAGGAGCGGAUAGUUCAAAUUAGACCAGCAUUGUCAGUCCAGGCUCACCUUUGACCCUGGAGAUUUAAUUGCAUAAAAACUUUCUUUUCCUCUUUACUUUGUUCUUGCUUGUGCAUCUGCGCGAUGAUCAGAGAGGUGCAUGAAUUGUACUGUACCUGCUCAGCUGCCAGUGCCCCCCUUCCAAGUUUCUCCGCAAAAAGGUACAGCGUUAGCGAUGCGUGGUGCAAAUCAGAAGCGUGUGUUCUCCACGAUCCCGCUGCGCAAUUGAAGUUAAUUCUACAGAGUGAGUCUCGGGUUCACGUUUCGCCACAGCUUUGUAAACUUAGAUCAUGCGGGGUCACCGAGAGGUUGGCGCGGCCCUGUAGCUGUCUCCAAAGAUCAGUUACAAUGUAAUGGCAAAGGAAUGUCGCUAUUGCAUGGAGCUUUGGCUCUAAUUAGAGCCAAUUUGAGAGUGGAGAUGUCAUUCUAUUUUACUCAGAAACAUUGUUUGUGUGUAUGUACGUUUUGCAGGCUUAUCCUUUGGCUACUGUAGAAAAUGCUGGUAGAUGUUACAGUAUAAAUUCAAAUUAUAGUUUAAAAGACUGAAAUUACACAAGUUAAAAUCACACUACACUCAGUUUUAAAUAAGCAGUUUAUUAAUUUAUCCAAAUCAAAGUCUGAUAUAAAUGACUGUAAAUUGUUUUUUGUUUUUUUUUCUUAAAUGCAGUAAAAUAAUGUAUAAUCCUA